UUUACUCCUCGCCUCCCUAUCUUUCCACGGCCUUUCGCGCACGCCCGAACCCCGUUUCGCCUCCUAUGGCCUGCGCCUCCCAGCGAGGGCCGCCACCGCCAUGCCUCCCACGCACGAGCUCGUGGCCGCCGCGACCUCCGCGCUCGGCGUAGCGCUCGGGGUGCGGCUUCUCGUCGUCCUCUCCCGCUCCAGCGCGCUCAAGCCGCUCGCCGCCGCCACAUCCGCCGCCGCCGCCGCGCUAAAGGCGCCGCGGGUCCUCGCCUCCGCCUCUUCCCCUGUCGCCGCGCUCCUCGCAGCGUCCAAGGCCGCGUCCAAGUCCUACAAGGCCGCGCGCACGCUCCAACCCGCCGCGGGACUCCCCUCUCUCCCCUCCUCCAAGCACCUCAAGGCCGCCUUCGCCGCCGCGUCGCUCCUCCGCCUGGCCACCGCCGCGCCGAUCCCCGCCGCCUCGCCUGCCGGCGUCGCGGUGCUCGCGGUCCUCAAGGCCGGUUACAAGCUAUCGAAGAAUACUUCCAAGAUCAUUGAGGGCUUCCUCGGGCUCCAGGUGCACAAGGGAUUCAGAAAUGGGAUCGACGCGCUUGGGGUGGUCGUCAAGGUCGCAGUGAUCACCUCCGAGGUCGCCGUCUGGGUCGGCGGGCGAUGCUGGGGCGGUCGGCGCGGUCGCUGCGUCCGGUUCCUCGGCUUCACCAGGCCAACUAGUUUAGUCCUACUUGGGUGUAUCAAAUCCGAACCCCAAGUUUUACUCUUCGAUUCUGGAGUUGUUGAAAUGGAUGAAGAAGGGUGCCAAUUGGAGGAGCGAGGGGCCUCGGAGUUGCUCUCCCUUGCGGUGCCUUUGCCCGUGCCCCAGGUGACAACAUUAGUGAGUUAGCACUUAGCACACAACUGUUGUACAUUUGCUUAUACCAGGCAUAUGUAGAGAUGGUUCUGAUCGAGUACUUGCAUUUUAGUUCUUGUAUGUCAGCCAUGUUUGGCUGAAGAAACUGUGCAGUAAUUUCUCGACCCUACCGCAUGGACUUCAUCAAUGGAAUUUUUCAUGAGAGUAAAUCUUGAUAUGAAAAUGCUGACUGUUGUUUUCUA